UCCGCUCACAACUUUCAGUUGGAAACACGAACACCCGCCCCCUAUCUACACAAAACAAACUUUAGAUGAAGUUCUCGAUGAUGAAGAAGGUGCUGCUGUCUAUGGCAAUUUCUUUUCUUUUGUACUCCAGUUUCGUGAUGACACAAUCAGCAAAGCUCGAUCCGGGAGAGGCCAUAACAAUGAAAGAAAUUUGGGGAAAGUUACAGCUAGCUGGGAGGUUAAAAUUGGACGAGGAUUUAUGCAGUGCCGAGCCGAUUGUUUACGUCAUACUAUGCAAUUGCUCUUUCGUAAAUAACACUGUGUGCCGUAUCACUCACCUGGCACUAUCAUCGUUGAAUAUUACAACAAAUCUGCCAUUAGAAUUUGUCAAGUUUCGGCACCUGCAGUAUUUAGAUUUGAGUCGUAAUUACUUCAAUGGAACUGUACCAUCUGAAUGGUCUACCAUGCGCCUAAGCCUUAUCUCACUCUUGGGAAAUCGGUUAUCCGGGCCAUUUCCAAUCCCUCUCACUGGAAUUACCACCCUUGAAGAUUUGGAUAUCUCGACCAACAAUUUCUCAGGACCCAUACCACAAGAAAUUGCAAAACUCACUCAAUUGAGGCUGCUGGACUUAUCGUCCAAUCGUUUCAGUGGACCAUUGCCUGCUGCACUUGCAAAACUAACGAACUUCACGUUACUGAAGCUAAGCGAUAACAACUUCACUGGGACGAUACCAAAAUUUAUUAGCCAGCUUACACAGAUAGAGACAUUGCAUAUACAAGGUUGUUCUUUUGAGGGACCCUUUCCUUCUAGCAUCUCUGACUUAACACAACUAAUUGAUUUGCGAAUCAGUGACUUGAAAGGUGAUGCAGUUUCUCCUUUCCCGCAAUUAAUGAACACGUACCAAAUUGUGCAGUUGGUACUUAGAAAUUGUCACAUCAAUGGGACAAUUCCCGACUACAUUGGGGGACAUACAAGUCUACGAAAAAUAGAUUUGAGUUUUAAUAAUUUGACCGGUGAGAUCCCAUCAUCUUUUUCCAGUUUGAGUCAUGCCGACAUUUACUUAACAGCAAAUAAUCUUACUGGAGCUUUGCCUGAGUGGGUCGUGUCAAGCUCCAAAAUUUUUGAUGUUUCAUUCAAUCAAUUUACAUGGAAUGCUGCCUCUGGUCCAAAAAAGUGCGAACAAGACCCAGCGCACGUGGUGGAGAGCUAUUCUUCGUCAACAAAUAAACAAAAUGAUAUGAAUCCAUGUUUGAGGAAAGAUUUCCCAUGCACAAAAAAAAAGUCUGAACAAUACUAUUCUCUACAUAUCAACUGUGGGGACGAGGAAGUAAAUAUCAACAAAACCAAAUACGAAGCAGACACACUGAGAAGGCAUGCAUUCCACAACGAAGGAAACUGGGCGUUCAGUAGCACAGGAAACUUCCUUGACGGUGACCGUGAGAGCGAACUCUAUACUCUUUCCAACACAUCUAAUCUCCACAUCUCCACGGAAGAUGUGAAGUUGUAUCAAAAAGCACGAACGUCUUCUAUUUUGCUGACUUAUUAUGGAUUGUGUCUGAUGAAUGGGCUAUAUACUGUCAAACUACACUUUGCGGAGAUUGUUUUCACUGAUGACAACUCAUUUAAUAGCCUCGGGAAGCGUGUGUUCGAUGUUUAUGUUCAGGGAGAGUUAAAACUAAAGGAUUUUGAUAUAGUAAAAGAGGCUGGGGGUGCUGGUAUUGCAGUUAUAAAGAUGUAUCCUGUUAAAGUGAAGAAUAACACACUCAAGGUUCAACUUUACUGGGCUGGAAAAGGCACCACAGCAAUUCCGUCUGACGGAAGUUAUGGACCGAUUAUAUCAGCUAUAUCAGUUGAUCCACGAUUUAAGCCUAGGAAGUUUACAAAAAAGAAUAAGAUUGGUUUAAUAGCUGGGACGGUAGGUGGAGGGAUCCUUUUUCUUUCUAUAAUCGUCAUUUUUAUAUUGUGGAGAAAAGGCUACAUUUUCGUUCCAGAAGAAACAGCUGAAGAACUCCAAGGUAUAGAUCUACAAACUGGCAAGUUUACCCAAAGAAAACUUGCGUACGCAACGAACAACUUUGAUCCAUCAAACAAGCUUGGAGAAGGUGGUUUUGGUGCUGUGUACCAGGGUCGAUUGUCGGAUGGAACAAUAAUUGCAGUAAAACAACUGUCAUCAACGUCUAGACAAGGAGCCCGUGAAUUUGUCAAUGAAAUCGGCGUGAUUACUGCACUACGACACCCAAAUCUUGUCAGACUUUAUGGAUGUUGUGUAGAAGGGAACUCCAAGUCUUUGGUCUAUGAGUACAUGGAAAAUAACAGCCUAACUCACACCCUUUUAGGGGACGAUCAAGUUAAAAAGUCUAUGCUAACAUGGCCCGUGAGGUUUAAUAUACUUAUAGGAAUAGCUCGAGGAUUGACUUAUCUUCAUGAAGAGUCCGAUCUGAGAAUCAUACAUAGAGAUGUCAAGGCGAGCAAUAUUUUGCUUGAUGAAAAUUUCAAUGCGAAAAUAUCUGAUUUUGGUUUAGCAAAGCUUAAUGAUGAUGGAAAUACCCAUAUCAACACUCGGAUUGUGGGAACGAAGGGUUAUAUGGCUCCAGAAUAUGCCAUGCGUGGUCACUUGACUCCUAAGGCAGAUGUUUUUAGUUUUGGAAUUCUGGCACUAGAAAUUGUUAGCGGAAUAAGCUGCAACAAAUACUUCAGCUACGAGACUGAAACAUCUAUUAACGUUUUUGAUUGGGCAUGGCUAUUGCAUCAAAAAGGAAAUCUAUUAGAACUUGUUGAUCCAGACUUAAGACCCGAGUAUUCAUCAGAAGAAGCAUUGAGAGUUAUACGCAUUGCCUUUUUAUGCACCAAAACGUCAGCUUUCGCUAGACCAACCAUGUCUCAAACCUUGAGCGUGCUAGAGGGUCGAACCAACAUUCAAGAUUUGGAAAACCAAUUGCGUCCUUCAACUAGUGAACAGGAUUACAGGACCUUAAGAAGAGAACUUUGGCCAGACUACAAUGAAACCCGCCCAACGAGUGGUGAACCACCUACCACCGAAUCCUUGGUCACCGAGUCCUUCGUCACGGAGUCCUUCAUCGUGGAGUCAUCGUGACAACACACUACUGUUGUCGGAAAUAAUUAUCAAUCUUGUUAGUGCGUUAGUUUAGUUAGAAAACUCAGUUUGUGUCUAUUCUAGUAGAUUUAGGCAUUUCUUUUUUGUAAGCAUUUUGAUGGGACAAACAGAUUUAUUUAAGCAUCAUCAAAGGGUGAGUUUUGGGUCU